CUGCUGAGAAGGGGGGAAAGAAAGCUCACUACUCUGUGGUGGAAAAGGGAGGGGGAAAGGGUCCCUUGGACCUCAGCAGCCACCUCUCGAUGCUGGGUGCUCAGGAUGAGUUGUCCAACACCUCUGGGGAAUGCAAAUAUCCCACAACUGUGAACCUUAUCCCUGCCCUGUCCCUCAAAUAUAGGGUCCUAAACCCUCUGGAGGAUGAGCAGUUAAUUGCUGUUACUAGAUGUUAUUAGUUAAUUGUUAGUAGCACUGAGCAAAUUGAGCCCCUCCCACAAUGUCUGACCUAGGGAAGAAGGAGAAAGCAGGUUUUGGAUUCCAUCCAGUCCAGGUCUGCACUCCACCGGUACUACAGUAGGGGAGGGAGGACAGACAAGACCUCUAGGAUGGCGACCUCCAGAGGUCCAGCUCCAUCAUGUGCCAGGAAAGGACAGUGACCCCGCAGCCCUGCCGCUCUGUCCUGGUGACAGGACCUGUGCCCUGACGACUUCCAGCUGAUCCUUUCUCAGCAAGACUCAAAGGCCACCAGCUUCCCUUCAUUGGGAAGGUUGUGGGUACCUCCUCCAAUGAUGGCGCAGGAUAUGGAGAAGGAGGCACUGGCUCCUUCCCCUCCACAGCAGCCCAAAUUAUCCCCAUUGGCUCAGUGACAGGAGGGACCAUAAGGCUUCUCCCCCCCACCCGCCCCUCUGGUGGGAAGGAGCAAGGUGUCCCCGCCAGCUCCCUAUCAGCCGCUGUAACCAGGGAAAAGGGGAAGGCCAUGCUUUGGUACGCAGUGAUAACCCAGGGGAUGCGGCAGAGUACGAGCCUGCAGCCGGGCACAGCCUGUCACAGCGCUGCUCGCCAUGGAGGGACCACACCGCAGCUGCCUCCUCCUCCUCCUCUGCCUGCUCCCACCACCGGGCAUCCCAGACCCACCACCGCGUCUGGAGGAACCUCGGGAGCCGCUGAUGCCACCGUCCAGCACCGCUGACCCCGCCGCCCACCUGCUGCGCGGCCACCCUUCGGCCCCGGUGCGACCCUACAGCCUGUCGCUGUCCCCCGAGGAUUAUCACUACGCCCCCAAGCCCCGGCACCUGCGCCCUGGGCGGCUGCGCCGGCUCCUGGGCUCGGCCUUUGACCCCUUCUGGAUGGCGACCGAGGAGCCCCGCAGUCGCAACGGGAGCAUCCUCGAGGAGAACCUGGAGUCCAUGAGCAGGGACCUGGCCGAGGGUGCCGGGCGAUAUCACCGCAAGCUGUGGCGAGAGGUGGAGGGGCUGGAGCUGCCCCCCGCCCCAGAGCUGCCCCCAGAGCUAGCGGGGGCCCUGGCUCGCCGCCUGCGGCAGUGGCUGGUGGAACGGGCCACCUGCCGCCUCACCUCCACCUGGGUCGACCUAGGACCCGUCUUCUGGCCCCGCUGGGUGCGCCACACCACUUGCGAGACCGGCCCCCCCGGCUGCUCCUGGCCCCCCGGCAUGAGCUGCCGGCCCGCACAGCUCACCCGCAUCAAGCUGCUGGCCUGGCACUGCUGGACCCCGCAGCAGCCCGGGCCCCCAAGCUGCACCUGGCGACAGAUCCCCUACCCCGUCGUGGCCGCCUGCAAGUGCUCCUGCCGCUGAGGGGGCUGCGGGGGCUACGGAGGUACCCCCGGUGCCUGUUCUUGCAGCCAAAAGGCCUGAAAAGGCAAACGGCUGCCUGGACUCACCCUCGGA